CUUGCCACAUCGUCUCACAGGACUUUCAGAAUCAAGCGUUUCCUGGCCAAGAAACAAAAACAGAACAACCCCAUUCCCCAGUGGAUUCGGAUGAAAACUGAUAAUAAAAUCAGGUACAACUCUAAGAGGAGGCACUGGAGAACCAGGCUAUGGUUAUAG